CAAAUUACAACAUCGUAUUCCGUGUCGUUUAGUAAAACGUAUAACAUUAGCGUCGUGGGCCCUCCAAAAGCUGGAAAAUCAUGUUUGUGCAACAGAUUUGCCUUACCCCACCCCGAUUACUACCGAAAGGACCAUCUCUCCGUUUUGAGUGCAGCUGAUUUCGUUGGUGAAAUCGUGAACUUGGACCAUUGGUUGUACUGGGGAUGUGUAUCACGUCAAGUUGAUGACUACACUGUUAAUUUUAGGAUAAUAGAGCAAACUGAAUUCAUAAAUGACUCCACUUUUCUACCUUUUGCCUCCAAGAAGAGCUCGAAAGAGGGUUAUGUUCAACGGAGUACUGAGAUGCACCUGUCAUCAGAGCACAAACUUCGCUACAUUUGCAAAGAUCAGCUUGGCCAGGAGAACGUUUAUGAAAAGGAGUACUUUCCGUCUGGUGAAAUUGAGGUCAAUGGAUUCGUUCUUGUUUGUGAUGUUAGCCAUCAGCUCCCCGGGAACCAUCUUCGUCCCGACCGCAAUUGCGUCCCACAACAAACAGUGAUUCAAGAGAUUUUGACGCUUCUUUUGAAGCUGAAAAAGCCGGUAGUGCUGGCUAUUUCCAAGUUUGAUACCUAUGGAUCUCAGGCCAUGGAGGAGUUGUCGUCACUGCUGCAGAAGUCCAGUGAAUUCAAAAAGGUCCCUUUGAUCGAAACAUCAGCUCACGAGAACAUUAAUGUAGAAAAUACAUUCCUUUCACUUGUAAAGCUGAUCGAUAAACCAAGGGCUCAAAAGAUCAAAUGUCCAAGAUAUGUGGAUGCCGUCCAAGAGCGCGAGGCGGAGCUGGCUCUCGCAUUAAAUUUAUUCUACAAGGUUCUUAAUCAGGCUCCUUGCGAAUUUCUCAACAGCUGGAAUGCGUUUAUGGCCAGAUAUAGCCAGCAAACUCAUGUUGUGACGUACAUUCAACUCGUGGGUACUACAGAGGCUCGCUCUAGAUUCGAAAACUACGUAGAGCAUCGACGACAGGUCACAAAACAGCACAAUUUGGGCCAGAUAGCUGGACUUCUCAGUCAUUUUUUACCCAGUUUGGAUAUUGUUCGAAACAAGUAA